GUCUCCUCUCUCUCACCCCACUCCUCUAGCCUUCUUGCUUCUUUUGCGCCCAUCACUCCAUCCGUUGAAACUCCUUUCUUCAACAAGCCAUGGACGUCUUCUCACCCUCCCAGGUCUACUACGACAGAGCGUGUGCUUCCUCUCCAGACAGCCUGGAGUUCGGCCCCGGCAUGGAGCUCGCCGGCUCAGAUGAGGACGAGCACGUCAGGGUCCCCGGAUCCUCGCCUCACCAGCCGGGACACUGCCUCCAGUGGGCCUGCAAGGCCUGCAAGCGCAAGUCCAGCUUCGUGGACCGCAGACGGGCCGCCACCAUGCGUGAGCGCCGGAGGCUGAAGAAGGUCAACCAUGCUUUUGAGGCGCUGCGCCGCUGCACCUCGGCGAACCCCAGCCAGCGCCUGCCCAAAGUGGAGAUCCUGCGCAACGCCAUCCACUACAUCGAGAGCCUGCAGGAGCUGCUGCGAGAGCAGGUGGAAAACUACUACGGUCUGCCUGGAGAGAGCAGCUCGGAGCCUGGGAGUCCGCUCUCCAGCUGCUCUGACGGCAUGGCCGACAGCAACAGUCCAGUGUGGCACCAGUUGAAUGCAAACUACAGCAGCAGCUAUUCAUAUGCAAAGAACGACAGCGAUAAAGCCAUCGGAGCCUCCAGUCUCCAGUGUCUCUCCAGCAUCGUGGACCGCCUCUCCUCGGUGGAGUCAAGCUGCGGGCCGGCCGCCCUGAGAGACAUGGCCACCUUCUCCCCCGGCAGCACCGACUCGCAGCCCUGCACGCCGGAGAGCCCCGGAGCCAGGCCUGUUUACCACGUCCUGUGAAAUAUGGAUAUGUCACCACAGGCCGUCGCUGUGUGCCUUCACCAAAACAGACAGACGCCAUAAGAAAGAGUUUUGUGUGAAUGUGAAGGAGCAGAGGCGGAGGACCUGUGGCCAGAAGCUUUUAUAUUGUACAUGAGACUGUAAAUAAUGUAAAUGCCCAUUUAUUCUAUACUGUUAUACCCAGUGAGACAUAUUUAAUAAUGUCAGUUCAUGUGAUGUUUCAUUAUUCCCAACAUUAAGUGGUAUUUAUGCAGUGUUUCUUACUUUUCAAAUUGUUGUGAACAAUAAAUCUUCCACUGUUAUGUAUUAA